UAGAAGUUUGGAGUUCACAAAAUACUUCCGUGUGAGCACAUUCACAAAUAAAAGAGUCUCUGUACUCCUAAUUAAUCAAAUAUAUUGAUGUACUAGCUUCACCUGUAUGUGGUAUUAUCUUAAUAAUUCAUAAAUGCUCAUCUAAAAGAGUGGUCAAUUAGCUAAGCUCGAGAUAAACACCAACAAACAGAAUGUCAAAUUUCAUCGCGUUGCAGACCCAGUUGGCCUCUGUCAUGGAGACCCUUGUUCACGCGGCGGUGGCCGAACUAGGUAAACUUGUAGAGGACAGUUCUGUUUUCGUGUUCAGCCUGGAACUGACCCAGGGGCAUAGCGAGGAUGAAGAAUUAUCGGCAAAAGUGCAGACGGAGAGUCAGAAUAAGAUGACAGACUUUGCCACAAUCAUGGAGGUACUGGGCAAUGAGGCAUUGGGUAAAAUAAUGAAAAUUGUGGAUGAAACAAAGUUUUUGAUGGACUUUGAAUCCAAGUCCUUCAAAGGCCAUAGAGGGAAAAAAGCCAAACCACAAGCGAGCAUCUUGAAUAUUCUGUCAGUUGGAGGAAUGGCGGAGGAACAUUCUUAUGGCGGAAGUGGUACAUCUGCGGCGCAAACUAUUUCAAUGGAGUCUGCAGAUGUGGAGGAAUUGGACACACCAGAAUCUCCCCUUGUCUUAGCUGUUUCUGUCAAAGACGAGCAUGGGCAAAUAGACCUGGGGGCCAUUGCAGAGAGAGCUGCCGAUGAUGCUUUUGCAGGAAACUCUUCUUCAGAGCACCAGUAUGGUAUGAUUAGCGAUGGCCCCCUGGUGAACCCCACAGACAUCCUAUUGGAGACUUUGUUUGCCCAAAAGAAGCUCUUCAUUUGCACAGAGUGUGGGAAAAGUUUCUCCACGCAGAGUAACCUCAAAUCCCACCAGCGACUUCACACUGGCGAGAAACCAUUUGUGUGCAUGUUCUGCAACAAAGCAUUUGCCCACAAACAGAGUUGUAAUGAUCACAUCCGCACCCACACUGGUGAGAAGCCCUUCAUAUGUGGCGUGUGUGGGAAAUGCUUCGGCAAGCAGGCGCACCUCAAGACCCAUUCGAUAAUCCACACGGGCGAAAAGCCUUACAGCUGCACUGUGUGUGGCAAGAGCUUCAACCUGGCUCAGAAUCUGUCUAGACACCAGCAAAUUCACACGGGAGAGAAAAUCUUCACCUGUUUACUGUGCGGGAAAGGCUUCACACGCGCUGUAACACUGAAGACCCAUCAACUCAUUCACACUGGACAAAAGCCCUUCAAGUGUAUUCAGUGUGAGAAGAGUUUCCGUCACGCUGUCAAUCUGAAGAACCACCAGCGUAUUCAUACAGGUGUCAGGCCAUUUAGUUGUGACUUGUGUGGCAAGACAUUCCGUCAAUCGGUUAAUCUUAAAAUACACAAGCGCAUCCACACUGGAGAGAGGCCAUAUAUCUGCACAGAAUGCGGCAAGACCUUCAGUCAGCAGAGUAGUCUCAUGUCUCACGGACGCACCCACUCUAACGAGAGACCUUUCCAGUGUAGCUUCUGCGAGAAAAGAUUCAACAACGCCAACAGUCUGAAGUUGCACCAGAGAAUCCAUACAGGAGAGAAGCCGUACAGCUGUGAAAUCUGUGGGAAGACCUUCAGUCAGGGCAGUCAUCUCCGAACACACAAGAGGCAUGUCCACGCAGGAGGGAAACAGUACAUCUGUGAUAAAUGUGGGAAGAGGUAUUCAGACAAACGGAAUCUUAAGAUGCACAAAUGUGUUUAUGCCUCAACCUAACAUAGUGGUGGGCAAACAGUUUCAAUCUUUGAGAGGCUUUUGUUGUCGUUUGCGUUGCUGUUAAAGAGAGCCUUGAAGACUGGCACGUUAAUCGCUAGGGGAACCCCCUUCAACUUGAUUUUAGCCUGGGCAAAAAUGUUUUUAUUUUUUGUUUUUUAAUGAAAUAGGAUUUGCUGUCAGGAGCUAGGUGUUUUUGUUCCCAUUUAAGCAAUUAUGAAAAGUAAACUAGUGAAACGCAGAAACCAAAUAUGCCUAUGUUGAAUAAUGUAAUGUUAGUGUAUACUGUACAUAAUCAUGCAACUUUUAUAAGAUCAGUUAUUUAGCUUAAAUAAGCAUAUAGCUAACAUUUUGCAGCUAGAGAUGCAUUGAUAUUAUUUGGAAAAAGCCUGUAAAACUGAAUCUGGAGGUUGGGCUAUGAAAAAGCUGUAGGUUUUGUAUUAUAACAGAACCGCUCGGCUGACUAGCCUGUACUUCCACAACAUCAGUCAGAUUUAAUUUGUUUACCACAUGUACUUGUUUCUUAAAGACCCAGUGCAGGCUAAAUAAAAUGUUCCUGUGUUUAUAUCAUAUUGUACAAUAGCUGAUGGGAAAAAUAAAUAAAUAAUCUGCGUUAUUUCCUGAUAGUUGCUGGUUGAAAAUACAAUCUACACAUGACCAUCUAAUCAGCAAUUUUGCAUGUGUGGGAGUUUUGUGCUUUCCAUGGUGACAUCAACAUGGGGUAUAUUGGUUAAUAGACCAAUAACAAAGCGUUCCAAACCUCUCUGCCAAUAACAGCUAGUUUUCAGUUUUCCCCUCACUCAGACAACUCCUAGCAAAAUUAUUUCUUGAGUAACGUUUUUUUUCUAAUAGCAAUUUGUCAAUUUUAUUGAAAAUCUAUUGUAGUAAGGCACUUAAUUGUUGCCCAGAAAUGAUUUGAUAUUGAUAUAAGAAAGUCUGCAUUGGGCCUUUUAAGGUUUGUUUUCUGCAGACUAUUUUAUAGCCUUGAUUAUUUUCUAUACUUUAUGAUGUAAAUGAGACAAAUCAACACGUAUGUAGUGGGAGGGAACAAAUUGGUUAAAAAAAUAUCACAUUAAAUUGCAGGAAUGUAAUCAAUAAAGACAUGCAAUGCUGCAAUGUUUGGCAUUUCACCUGUGUGAACUGUGUUUCAGUUAUGGAUUCACAUUCAAAUGGAAACCAUACUAUGUUGCGUUAUUGCUGUCCAAAUCACAGCUAAUAAUAUUUGAUGAAUGAAUGGUAAACUCAGUUGAAAAGUUGACAUUUGCAGUUGCAGAACUUUUUGAGGCUCAUUUUGGUGAUUAAAAUGGAUUUUGGUUUGUUUUCAUAUUUUCUUUUCCCCUAUUUUUUUUAUUAUUUAAGUAUGUGAUAACACUGUUAACCUAGACAUUAGUCUGGGCUGUUGCAAAGCUGGAUAUUUGACACGUUCGAAUAAUAAAUCCUUUAUUGCUUCCAAAA